AUGAGUUUGGGAAGGGCCCACCACCACAGCUUCGUGUCCUGUGAAGAAGAAGGCCUGAGACUGAGUACCAUGCCUGCUGUGGGCAGCUUCGGCAAUGGCAAGAUUCACACGAGACGCAAAUACCACAGCCGGUUUGUCAGCAAGGCUGGCCAAUGCAACAUCCAUUUCUCAAACAUGGAUGAGAAGUCGCAGCGGUACAUGUCUGACAUAUUCACAACUUGCGUGGACAUCCGCUGGCGAUACAUGUUCCUGCUGUUCAGCCUGGUGUUUGUGGUGUCCUGGCUAUCAUUCGGCCUGGCAUUCUGGGUCAUCGGCCACCUACACGGUGACAUGGACCAUCCCGGAGGGGACGACAGUUUUGUCCCUUGUGUCACGCAGGUCAACACCUUUGUUGCAGCUUUCCUGUUCUCUAUUGAGACCCAGACAACCAUUGGGUAUGGAGCUCGUUGUGUGACUGAGGAAUGCCCGGCUGCUGUUUUCAUGGUGGUGUUUCAGUCCAUCAUGGGCUGCAUUAUCGAUGCCUUCAUGAUCGGUGCCAUCAUGGCUAAGAUGGCACGACCCAAAAAGCGUGCAGAGACUCUACUGUUCAGCCACAACGCCGUCAUCGCUUUGCGUGAUGGGAAACUGUGCCUCAUGUUCAGGGUUGCCAAUCUGAGGAAGAGCCACAUUGUGGAAGCUCAUGUGAGGGCCCAGCUCGUCAAGCCCCGUUACACAGAGGAGGGUGAAUAUAUCCCCCUGGAUCAGAUUGACAUGAAUGUAGGCUAUGACAAAGGCACAGACCGCCUGUUUCUGGUUGCACCCCUAACUGUCAUUCACGAAAUCGAUGAAGAAAGUCCACUGUUUGGCAUCAGUAAGCAAGAUCUUGAAACAUCUGACUUUGAGAUAGUGAUUAUUCUGGAAGGUUUGGUGGAGGCCACAGCUAUGACAACGCAAGCACGCAGCUCUUACCUGCCCUCAGAGAUCCUGUGGGGCCACCGCUUUGAGCCCGUCAUCUUUGAGGAGAAGAACCAGUACAGGAUAGAUUACGCCUAUUUUCACAAAACAUUCGAAGUACCAUCCACCCCCAGAUGCAGUGCCAAGGACAUGGAGGAGAGAAAAUUCCCAACAUCUGGCGCCAACUCCUUCUGCUAUGAGAACGAGCUGGCCUUCAUCAGCAGGGAUGAGGAGGAGGAAGAGGGAGAUGAGCAGAAAAACAGGAAGUAUUCAUUAGAGCUAAUGACUGAGCAGGCUGGAUGUGAUCAAAUGUCCUCUCGCAGAGAAUCAGAGAUGUAACUCCUGGCUGUUGCUUGUUUAGUUUAGUUUUUGGGAUGCAGAGCAAUCACAGUAUCACACGAAGAGCCCUAUGACUGUCAUUCUACUGACA